AUGCCCCAGAAAUCCUCGCGAAGGGUUUAGUGCGAGCUCCCCCCUCUCCUCCUCCUCGCCGGCCGCCGCUCCGCUCCGCUCAAGCCGCCGCCUCCUCCUCUUCCCCCUCGCGGCGGCUGCGGCGGCGUCCUCCCCGCCGGCGAACCUCCUCGCCCUCGAAGUUUGUUGGGGGAUUUUGUUUGCAGCAGUUGGUUUCCCAAGUGAGGAGAAGAAUCUGAAUCUGGAGUGGUUUGGUGGAGCGAAGGGCUUGGCUGCGCAUGAAGCUAUGAAGUCCGGCGGCGCUAGGGCUUGCUGAUUCUGUCUCGGUUGCCUCAUUGGCCUGCCAUGUCUUCCGACCCGGUGUUCCCCGUGCUCCGCCAUGGCGAUUACUUCACCAAGCCGUCGAUCGAUGAGCUGGUGGAGAGGGAGGCGGCUGACCCUGGCUACUGCAGCAGGGUCCCGGAUUUCGUCGUCGGGAGGGUCGGGUAUGGGCGAAUUCACUUCCCCGGUGACACUGAUGUGAGGGGGAUGGACCUGAAUGGGAUCGUUAAGUUCGGUAGGCACUCUGUGGAGGUUUACAAGGAUGAGGCUAGCAAGCCGCCUUUAGGGCAAGGUCUUAAUAAGCCAGCAGAAGUGACGUUGAUGCUGAAUUUGAGCGUGCUUCCAGAGCCUAGCGCUCUUGGGGAGUUGCUUAAGUGUCAAACGAGAAAGCAAGGCGCUAGGUUCGUUUCGUUCAACCACUCGAGCGGCAGGUGGAAGUUCGAGGUUGAUCAUUUUAGUCGAUUCGGUCUUGUGGACGAGGAGGAAGAGGAUGUUGUGAUGGAUGAGGUGGUUGUUCGGCAGCCUAUUGCGGAAGUAAGAGACCCACCUGCAAAUGGUCAUGAGCUGGAGCUUUCACGUUCGUUGCCUGCUCAUCUUGGGCUUGACCCUGCAAAGAUGCAUGAAAUGCGGAUGACGAUGUUCUCCAAUGAGGAAGGUGAUGAAGAUAUGGAGGAUGGAUUCCCAUCUGAUCAGAGAUACUUCAGCAGUGAGAAGAUGAAUGUGGAUUCACCGAACUCAAGUGCUAAAGGUUUGAGGCUAAGGUCUCUCUCUCCUUUGCAUGGUUCUUCUCUGAAAGUCAGCAGGAGACCUGGUGUAAUUGGUAGGAGAGAACCACAGGCUCUGCUGGAAUACAGUGUAAAUUCUUCAGAACAUGGCCCAUCUUCUCAUGGUAUUCUUAUGUCUGGGCAAAACAAGGGAUUUCCAGUGAGAAUGACCAAGGUGGAUGGCUUUAAGUUGCCAUCUGAUCAGGAAACUCCUGUGGCUGGGAACGUAUAUUCCAAUUGUGUUGUGGAUGCUGCUUUAUUUAUGGGCAGGUCAUUUCGUGUUGGUUGGGGACCAAAUGGCAUCCUUGUACAUUCUGGCAGUCUUGUCAAUAGACCCGGAACUGGUCUAUCUUCUGUUAUUCACAUAGAGAAAGUUGCAGGCGACAAAGUUGUACGUGAUGAGAAGAACAAAAUUAAGGAGGAGCUGACUGAUCUGUGCUUCUCAGACCCGCUGGAUCUCCAUAGGAGGCUUCAUCAUGAAUAUCUGGAGACUGAGUCUGACUUGUUUAAAUUGAAGCUUCAGAAGGUUGUGGCAAGUCGCUUUGUGUUGCCAGAUAUUUGCAGAUCUUAUAUUGACAUCAUUGAAAGGCAGCUUGAAGUCAGUGAUUUAUCUAUGUCUUCUCGUGUGCUGUUAAUGCACCAGGUUACAGUUUGGGAGCUUAUUCGGGUCUUGUUCUCAGAAAGAGCAACUGGUAACCAGUUAGAGCCUACUGGUGAUGAGGACCAGGAGGGGAUGAUUUUAGAUAAGAAAGAAGGUACUGUUGCCAUAGACCUUGAAGCACUCCCUUUGGUUAGAAGAGCAGACUUUAGCAAUUGGUUACAGGACAGUGUUUGUCAUCGGGUUCAAGGAGAGGCGGGCUCCUUAAAUGAUGCCAGGUAUCUGGAACAUAUUAUUCUGCUUUUGACUGGUCGGCAAUUAGACACAGCCACAGAAGUUGCUGCCUUUAGGGGUGAUGUUCGACUGGCAAUUUUGCUAAGCCAGGCAGGUGGGUCAAUGCUAAAUCGUUCUGACCUUUCUCAGCAACUGGAUCUAUGGAAAACAAAUGGUCUGGAUUUUGAUUAUAUUCAGGAAGACAGGUUAAAGAUAUAUGAGUUGCUUUCUGGUAAUGUACAAGGCGCGUUGGUAGAUUCAUCAAUUGACUGGAAACGGUACCUUGGUUUAAUAAUGUGGUAUCAACUAUCACCUGAUGCAUCACUUGAUAUUAUCAUUCACUCUUAUCACCAGCUCCUUGGUGAGGGCAAAGUCCCAUAUCCUGUACCUGUAUAUAUAGAUGAAGGACCCCUUGAUGAGUCACUUCAAUGGUCCCCAGGUGACCGCUUUGACAUAUCCUUUUAUCUAAUGCUGCUUCAUGCAAAUCAAGACGAGAAGUUUGGGAUGCUAAAAACUAUGUUCAGUGCAUUCUCAUCUUCAUAUGAUCCCUUGGACUACCAUAUGAUCUGGCAUCAGUGUUCCAUUCUGGAAGCUAUCGGUGCUUUCAGUUCAAAUGAUCUUCAUGUGCUAGAUUUGAGUUUUGUUUACCAAUUAUUGUGUCUGGGGAAGUGCCAUUGGGCUAUCUAUGUCAUUCUACAUAUGCCUCAUCUUGAUGACGCCCCAUACAUCCAUGAGAAGUUGAUCAGGGAAAUUUUGUCACAAUAUUGCGAAUCAUGGAGCAAGGAUGAAACUCAGAGAGUUUAUAUUGCAGAACUUGGUAUUCCAGUAGAAUGGAUGCAUGACGCUCUGGCUCUUUACAAUGAAUACUAUGGAGAUCAGCAAAGCGCACUGGAGAAUUAUAUUCUGUGUGGCAACUGGAAGAAAGCCCAUACAAUUUUCAUGACAUCCAUUGCUCAUUCUUUGUUUCUGUCAUCUAAGCAUCAAGAGAUCUGGGACAUUACAAGCUCUUUGGAGGUUCACAAGUCUGAAAUUGCUGACUGGGAACUUAGUGCUGGAAUAUACAUAGACUUCUUCAUUCUAAGAAAUUCUAUGCAAGAAAAAAGUACCAUGGAUGAUCCAGAUCAACUUGAGAAGAAAAAUGAAUCAUGCAGCACUUUCUUUGGCCGGUUAAAUGAUUCAUUGAUAGUCUGGGGAAGUAAAUUACCUGUUGAGGCAAGGGCAUGCUUCUCGAAGAUGGCAGAGGAGCUGUGCGAGCUACUAAUGAACUCCCCCGGCGAGGGCUUGACGCCAGAUCUCUACAUGGGCUGCUUUCAGACGAUGCUUAACGCUCCUGUGCCCGACGACCACAGGUCAUCCUACCUGCAAGAGGCGGUCUCUGUUUUCACCGACAUACUUUGCAGGGACUGAUGCAUGAUUGCUUGAAGAUCCAUGGCAUUCUAUGAUAUCUGCAGAAUUGUUGGAAGUUUCCCUGAUCUAUCUAUUGGGUUUUAACCUAUUGGUUAUUCUGAUCAUACACGGGAUCUGGGUGCACAAGAAGCUCCCGGCUGCCAAGUCGCAAGUCAGUAAUACAGUGAAGAGCUCCAAAAGUUCGUCCCUUGCCCGAGUGCAGUGAGGAAAUGUAGAUCAGCUAUUGAUGGUGCAGAUAACUGCCAUGCUCAUCAAACUCCUGAAGAAUGUAUAAGCUGUGUGCUAAGCUGUACCAAUCAACUUUCAGAUGUGAGCUGUACCCGUCAUCUUUGUUCGUUUUUGUACUGUAAUACUGUUACAACGGAAAGCAGCAAAUCGUGUACGGUGUAUGUUGUGCUGAAGAGCUCGACGAAGAUAAAGCAUCCAGCUGGGCCCAAUUCUCGGCAAUACAUGCACGAUUCCACCCUUCCAUGGACGUGGGAGCAAGCUGCAUAUUUCUCUUCUUCAGUCGAGGUACUUUUUCACAGCUUAUGAUGAGGUUAUCCCGAAAAUACUGUGGUGUACUUUUUCAGAGCUUAUGGGAUUAUUCCGAAAAUACUGAGGUUUUACGGAGCUGUAGGCCUGUAACAAUUGCAAGGGGAUAUUUUUUUUUCUCAUCACACGGAAAAUGCACAAAGCAACAACCCCACACUUGCACACUCGUAAAUUGGACUGUGUCAGUGUGGCAAAGAUUUGAGAGCUUAGGUAGAAUAUUUCUUCUGUCGUGCACGCGAUGUCGCGAUGAAAUGAAAAAUCACAAUGUUGGAGUGAGCCAAAACUGCUUUUGCAGAACCAUGUGAAGCUGUGGUUUGUCUGAGGAGAAACAUCCAGAGUGCCCAAAACCGUGGACAGCUAACGUGGGUUCCUUGUAUUCUUCUGUUUUA